AGCACCCUUCACGAUGCGCUGAACGCCCAACCACCACCGGUGAUCCUCGCUCUCCUCUACACCCUACACAAUGGAUCCCCGGUACCAGUGGCCUCCACAGGCGCCCCCGAACAGCCAAUAUGCACCUCCUGCGCCGCCGCAAAAUGGCUAUCAAGCAAACGGCUACGGGCCUCAGUACCCUCAACAACCUCUGCAGCAAGCUUAUUCACAGUCGCAACCGGCUUUGAGCAAUCCUCGCAUGGUUAUUGCGCCCAGAGCGAGCCACUAUGAGACCAUGCAGGAUGAAAUGAGAGUCCAACCACGGACUUUGAAACCGCAGGUUGUGAUACCUGCUAAACCCCACGCUGGAAUUCCUCACAUGCAGAACCCAAAGAUUAGGCAAGUUCAAGUACCAGUACAGAGGCCGGUCCAGAGGGCAGGCAGUGGAGGCGUGGGCAACAGAGACUUGAUCAAUGUUCGCCCGGCCCAGGCUCCGGUAUCGAAAUCAGUACACAGAUCGCAAUCGCACCAGGAGAAUCCGCCGAAGUAUCAGCAGAGAACGCAGAGUAUGUCGUCCUCGAGCCAGCAUCGCGCCCCGCUGCAACCGCAUGCGACACCCCAGAAGCGCGCCCCGUCUCAAUCUUCGUCCAGCCAGCAUCGGACCUCUUCGCUGCCGCAUACGUCGUCUCAACAGCGAUCGCAUCCACAGGUCGUGAUUAAGAAGCAGACGCCGCAAUCGACACCUACCCCGUCGAGGACGCAGCAUGCGCCGCCACCGAAUCCUCUUCCGACCGACUUCUCAGUCCUGCUGCUUUCCAUGGCAGAUGAAUAUAUCAAUGCAGCGCGGGGUAUGGGUCCGAUUGCAGCCAUGGUUCAGAGGGAGGCGGAUCUGGAGCAAUACUAUAAACUAAUGGCGACCGGCCUUGGGUGCAUGGAGGCUGUCUUGAAGAAGUACAACCAAGCGCCGCGUGAUGAAGCAAAGCUGAGACUUCGAUAUGCGAGUUUGCUUGUGGAAGAGACGGACAACGAGGUCGAGAUUGAGGAUGUCCUGAUCAAAGGGAUUGCUUUGUGUCAAAGGAGUCGUCUGAUCGAUCUAAAGUAUAGUAUGCAGCAUCUGCAGGCACGAUAUCAGUUCAAGAGCAAUCAUCGCGCUGCGCUGAAGUCUCUAGAUCAGCCUAUUUCAGAGACAGAGACGUUCCAACAUAUCCCCUGGGUGUAUGCUUUCCGCUUCCUGAAAGUCUCUCUAGCGCUGCAAGUCCCUGGUCGUCCAGAAACAGCAUCCGCUCUACAGCAAUUACACGCCGUAGCAAACCAUGCCGAGAGACGUGGUGACCGCGCUAUCUACGUCACGUGCUCUGCCAUGGAAGCCAUGAUUCACCUCCGAACCUCAGCACCAGAUCACCUAGAGCAUGCCCAACGAGCCAUUGCUGCUGCACGGAGCCUCCAGCUCCAGACUACGACGAAGCAGCUCGGCCAGAUUGCAGCCUUGGUAGAUAGCAUAGACAUUGCGUGUAGUUUGCAGCAAGGCAUGCCGGAUCUUACCAAAAUGUCCGCGCUACAAAAGAAGGUAGACUCUGAACCUGGUCCUGCUAAUGGAGUCUUCUCGGUCUUAAUUGAAAAGAGCUUUGGGGGUAACACAACUCUGUUUACUGGUGGUAUCUUACGAAAGGCUCAAGAUGGAAGAGAUGAGCUGACGCUGUCAUGGUUGCCCAAGAACGACCUGAAGAUGUUGGCGUAUUAUCUUAGUGGGAUGACGUCGCUACCGCAUGAUAAAGGUGUAAGCUAUCUACAGGAAGGCUUCAAGUUAACUCAAGACGCCCUUCAACGACAGCCUUCAUAUGCAAUGUCUAUUCCACAUGCACUCAGCAACAGAAAAUGGAUUAUGAGCCUCGACUGGCAAGUCAAGUUCGCCCUGGCUCUCGUUGCAUGCUAUCAGGACGAUAGAGCUACCGCCCAAACAGCCUUGUCUUAUCUCCGCAAACAAGAAAUCCAGGCACACUUCAAUUUCACAGAAACCUACAAUCGGCUCACCACGUAUCUCUCUGGCCUUCUCGACCAAAGCAAAGGCUCCCUCGACUCCGCUCUAUCAACCUACCAAUCCCCUCUCUUCGCCCUACCAGAUGCAGGUGGCGCCCACACAGACUUCGCCACCGACAUUGCCAUCCUCGCAACCAUGAACCGCAUCCUUAUCAUCCGAAACUCCAGCCAUCCCAAACACUUCCUCACCAACACACUGUUCAGCCAACUUGAGCCCCUCUGCGUUAAUCACUCAAACAAAUUCAUUGAAGGCGCCUUCCGUAUCAUCCGCGCCCUCACAACCGAAGACUCCUCUAUCAACCGCCAAAAAACCCUCAUCCACAACGCACUCAGCCACUCGCAGAAGCUACAAAACGGACAGUUCAUCACGAUGUGUCUGAAUUAUAUGACCAGCAGAUUCUUUGCAGAUACGAUCGGCGACCAGGCGAUCAAGAGUGUGAGGGCCGCGAGGAGUAUGGCGAAACAGAGUAAGAGCUUGCUUUGGCAGGCUGUUGCGUAUGGUCUUUGUAUGAGGACAUUUCAGAAUAAUGGACUGUACCAAGAUGCGGCGCAGAGUCAGCAGGCGUUUGAGGCUGUGAGAGAGAUGUUACCCGGACCAUUGAAAGGAGAUAUGGGUGAAGAUGAGGAUGCAGAUGCAGACGCAGACGCAGAUGCAGAUGCAGACGGAGAUAUUGAGAUGGAGUGAAUGGUGAGUGGGUGGGCAGUGGGCUUUUCUUCGCUUCGGCUCGGACUACAUUGGAAUGGAUGCAUUGGCGGCGUUGGAACACCUCUCACAUUACAUCACAUCACAGCAUGGCGUUAUUUGUUGCUUUGUUGGUCUUCCCCUCUGGCGACAGAUAUCAUCUGAGAUGGGUAAAAGCUCGGCGCGGAUUUUUCAAAUCUUCCCAGAUCUCAUUCAAAUGUCGUAUGGAUGGAUGAGCGGAUGGAGGGUAUGGGAUCUUUGUUCAGUUUCGGGACAAGAUUUGCACAACUGAGGUGGUAUGGUUGUGCAUUUACGGGGACUCACUUCUGGUCCAAGGAUCGGCCUUAUCACAGGUCCUAGUUUAAAGCUUUCAUGAAGGGGUAUGGUACUGUUGGUAGGAUAUAUUUAGCGCUAGUAUGGC